UAUAAGCGUUUGACGUUUGUUUGGUCAGCUGACAGCCGGUGAUACGUAAGUAACUCUACUCGUGAAAAUUGUGUUAUCAGCAUCUGAAAAAAUGUCUUUGACCGAAGAAGAGCUUGCUAAGGCUUGUCAUGAGCCAGAUGACUCAACGAAGGAAUUCAUUAUGCAACAGACAAUGUACAGAAUUAAAGACCCUAAAAGAUCUUUGGAGUUCUACACAAAUGUUCUGGGCAUGAGGUUGCUCCAGCGUUUUGACUUCCCUGCAAUGAAAUUCUCACUGUAUUUCAUGGGUUAUGAAAAGGCAGAGGAUAUCCCAUCUGAUGGCCAGGAAAGAGUGAAGUGGACAUUUACCAGACCUGCUACGAUUGAACUUACCCAUAACUGGGGAACAGAGAAAGAAGAAGGGGAGCCUUAUCAUAAUGGCAACUCGGAUCCUAGAGGAUUUGGCCAUAUUGGAUUAAGUGUACCUGAUGUUUACAAGGCAUGCGAGAGAUUUGAGAAAAUGGGUGUCAAGUUUAUUAAAACACCUGAUGGAGGGAAGAUGAAAGGGUUGGCAUUUAUUCAAGAUCCUGAUGGAUAUUGGAUUGAAAUUCUAAGUGCCAACAACAUGUCACGUGAUGUCAAAGCAUAGCCAGAAAUAUGUGAAUAAACAUAACUUCGCACGGAGAACUGUUAAAUUGUUUAAUGUAAUGCUGGACAUGGUGUAUGCUUAAUUCCACGAGAAAUGAUAAUUGUUCUUAGUUAUUUACAUGAUGCUAGUCUUCAUAUAUCCAAGAGUUGCCCACCUUUGAUUUAUAGUUCAUAUAAUUCAUGAGUGAUUCCCCUUUGUAAAAAAAAAUGUGGUAAAUAUACACAGCAUUUGGUGUUUAAGAUUCUAUUGCGUUUUUGUAGUGUGAGCAUCUAAAAACCUGUGAAAUGACAGAAAUUUAUGAUGGUAAGAAUUAGUAAUGUACCUAUUAGUCUAGUAAUAAUCAUUGGCUUGUUAUAGGAAUGAAGUUUGAAAAUCUUAGAAACUGCACUGCUCAGAUAUUUGUUAAAUAUCAUAAUCUUGAGGUCCACCAUGGAAGUUUUAAAACAAACCAUAAGUUUUACUUGUAGACUGGUGGUUAUAAUUUUGCUGUACUUAAAAGGGUAGGUUGGACUUAGAAAUAGUGUUUUUGGAAAAAUGAGAUAAAAA